GAGAAGAGCCUCAGCGAACCAAGGAGAGCUUCUCUGGCUGAAGAUCCCUCUCUCUAAAAAUUUCUCUCUCAUCGCCGGCGACGCCCCGCCGCCGCCACGUGGCACGCACCUCCACCCUUCCGCUGCUCCGCAGGUGAAUAUUCACAGUUAUCUUGUAAAUGGCUCAAGAUGGUUCUGGUGCUGAUUCACCACGACGAAGGUCAGGUCUUUUAAGAGAUCAAGUGCAGUUGGUGAAGAAAAAGGACCGGUAUGAAAUUGCUCCAAUUCAGGAACCCCUAUCAUUUGAAAAGGGCUUCUUUAUAGUGAUUCGGGCUUGCCAGCUGUUAGCCCAAAAGAAUGAGGGAAUUAUUUUGGUUGGGGUUGCUGGUCCUUCUGGCGCUGGGAAGACAGUAUUUACUGAAAAAGUCCUUAAUUUCAUGCCAAGCAUUGCUGUCAUAUCAAUGGACAACUAUAAUGAUGCAAGUCGAAUCGUUGAUGGCAAUUUUGAUGAUCCACGCCUAACAGAUUAUAAUACGUUGCUCGAAAAUAUUCGUGACCUGAAGGAAGGGAAAUCCGUUCAGGUUCCAGUGUAUGAUUUUAAGUUGAGCUCCCGUGUAGGAUACAGGACAGUUGAAGUUCCUAGCUCUCGAAUUGUCAUCAUUGAGGGCAUUUAUGCGUUGAGUGAAAAGUUGCGGGCUGUACUAGACCUGCGUGUUUCUGUGACUGGCGGUGUACAUUUUGAUCUUGUGAAGAGGGUUUUAAGGGACAUACAGCGUGCCGGUCAGGAACCAGAAGAAAUCAUUCAUCAAAUUUCUGAAACGGUGUAUCCUAUGUACAAGGCAUUUAUCGAACCAGAUCUGCAGACUGCGCACAUAAAAAUAAUUAACAAAUUCAACCCGUUCACUGGCUUCCAGAAUCCUACAUACAUUCUAAAGUCGCCAAGGAUCUUGUCAGUGGACCAAAUCAAGGCUGUUUUCCCCAGUGAGCACAAAGAGCAUACAGAAGAGACUUAUGAUAUAUAUCUACUGCCACCAGGUGAAGAUCCUGAAGCAUGCCAAUCCUAUCUAAGAAUGCGAAACAGGGAUGGGAAAUAUAAUCUUAUGUUUGAGGAAUGGGUAACAGACAACCCCUUCAUUAUAUCUCCACGUAUUACUUUUGAAGUUAGCGUACGGCUUCUUGGUGGGUUGAUGGCCUUGGGCUAUAGCAUUGCAGCUAUUCUGAAAAGAAGCAGCCAUGUUUUUUCUGAUGAAAGGGUGAUCGUAAAAAUUGAUUGGUUGGAGCAACUAAACCGACGUUAUAUCCAGAUACAAGGAAGAGAUCGGCUGUUUGUUAAGUACAUCGCAGAACAAUUGGGCUUGGAAGGCUCCUACAUCCCUCGUACUUAUAUCGAGCAAAUUCAACUAGAAAAGCUUGUGAAUGAAGUUAUGGCUUUGCCAGAUGAUCUGAAGACAAAACUUAGCAUUGAUGAGGAAAUGGUAUCAAGCCCAAAAGAAGCACUUUCCCGAGCUUCUGCUGAUAGAGUUGCCAUGAGGAAUAAGAAUCUCAAGAGCGGUUUGUCACACUCCUACUCAACACAAGGAGACAAGAAUCUAGAUAAGCUGACCAGACUUACAGUUGGCACCAGAAGAUACGAAGGAAGAAACCCUGACUCACCUGCAAUUAACCAGGGGGUGAUUACUCAGCUUUCAGAGCAGAUAUCCACAUUGAACGAAAGGAUGGAUGAGUUCACUUCCAGAAUUGAAGAACUGAAUUCCAAGUUUAGCAUGCAGAAGCCUUCUAUGAGCCAUCAAAACCUCCCUAAUCAAGGUGAAACGUGCAAUGGCUCGGCACCCACGUCCUUAUUCAUGUCCAGCUUGGGCAACGGAACACUGGUACCUACUUCGUCAUCCUCUACCCAACUGAGUAAAGACUCCCCAUUACUAGAAGAGAUCAUGACCAUCACUAGAGGUCAGAGACAAAUGAUGCAUCAAUUGGACAAUCUCUCAAACUUGGUUCAUGAGCAUUUGGCUCAGCUUACCCUCCAAAAAAGAAGUGAUACAAGUCGAAUACUAGAUCCAGGUUCAAUUGGAACUCCACUUAUUCUUGUGCUUGCAGCAGGCAGCAUCGGCUUUUUCUUGUCGAAGGGUUUAUCUUGGUCUUGAGUCAACACGAUAUUACUGAUGACUCUCUGGGUCUUUCAUCAAUCCUUCAACGCUGACUAUCUACGCGGUUCUUUGAGUCUUUUUGCUUAGAAGAUUCAUCAACAAGAUUGUAAAUUUGGUUAUGAUACACUUACAAUAAAAAUAUCAGUUAAAUCCAUUACUUUUUUGUUCAUUCUUCUUAAAGUUCUCAGUAACUGUGUAAUUUUGCUAGCCCUCAGUUGACUCGGAACAAAAAGUUACUGGCUUUUGUAUGAUCACUCACUAUAGAUGUUUUCAGGAGGGCAUGAUGGUUCUUUGAGUUUUUGUUUAGAAGAACCAUCAAUAAAAUUGUAAUUUUUCUUACCUUACAUUUACAAUAAAGAUAUCAGUCAAAAUCUGUUGCCUUC